CUUCCUCACUUUUGUGUUUGUGUCUGUAGGUUUCUGACCAUGGAUCAGACCAGGAAGCUGCUCCUGCUGCUGGAGUCCGACCCUAAAGCCUCCAACCUGCCGCUGGUCGGACUCUGGCUGAGUGGAGUCAGACACAUCUCCAACCCUCAGGUGUGGGCCUGGUGUGUGAGGUUCCUGUAUAGCUCCGCCCUCCAGGACAGAGUUCUGUCAGAGAGCCGCUGUUUCCUCCUCGUCCUGUUCGCCUCCACCCACAGAGCUCCUCAGUUCUUCCAGUGUCGAGGACCAGGACCUGGACCGGGACCAGCGCCACAGCUAGACUACCAGCUACUGACCGCCUCCCAGUGUGUCACACUGUACCAGCAGGUGGUCUCGGUGGAGGGUCGGACUCUGCGGUGUGAGCUGGGUUCAGAGGAUCACAGCAGACAGACGGAGGUCUUCAGAGAGGCCCAGACCUCCUUCAACAGGUACCAGAAUCUCAGGAGUAGAGCAGGUCGUUCUUUAAGUACAAGGUGGACGCUCCACACUCCUCCUCUCUCCAGUCUUCACCCUGCUCCUCCAACUACUCCCUCUGUUCCUCCUUCCUCCAUUCUUGCUACUCCUCUGUCCUCCCGUCACCAUACUCCAUCUCCCUUCUGCACCCACCCUCCUCACAGCUCUCGUCCUCCUCCCUCCCACCUCCUCCCACCUCCUCCCUGUACCUGUAGCCACCCUCCUCCUGCCCCAUGCUGUGAUCAGGUGGGGGGGGUCGUCCCGUCUGAGACCUACCAGCUCCUCCUCCAUCAGGACCGACAGCUUCGCCUCCUGCAGGCGCAGGUGCAGAUGCUGCUGGAGGCUCAGGGGAGACUUCAGUCCUCAGGUGGGCAGGUGGAGGCUCAGACACCCAGGAGCACCGCCAGCAUCGCUGUAGGGACAGGAGCCAGUCUGUUCUGGGGGAAUCCCGUCCAGUCGUCCCUCCCUCAUCAGAAGGUACAGGCUCCUCCCACCUCCUCCUCCUCACACGCCGACCUGUCCGUAAUCGGGUCUGUGGGUGGAGAUGAGGACAGUGAGGCUGCCUGCUCCUCCUCCAGUCGGCACAGGUGCAGUGUCAGCGGUCUGGAGAGUCCAGUUCUGGGAGAGAGUGUCAGCAUGUACCGACCAGACGGAGAGCAGCUGAGCUUCUAUCGCACCCUGAAGGUAAAAACAACGUCACACAAUGCUAACAGGUCACAUGAUGCUAACUAGGUAUUUAUUAUGUGUCUGGUCACAUGAUGCUAACUGUAGGUAUUUGUUAUGUGUCUGGUCACAUGAUGCUAACUGUAGAUAUUUAUUAUGUGUCUGGUCACAUGAUG